UCUCCUCUCUCUCUCUCUCUCUCUCUCUCUCAUUUUUAGCUCCCUUCCCUCCCAUUUCGUAUCACUGAAAAGUUCCCCGCUGUUCCCGGUCACUCCCCCUUCAAACCCUAGAUCCUCGGUCCCUUCCUCAAUCUUCGUUUUCAAUGGAGUCAUAAGAACCCUAGAGUUUCCAACUCCCCAUCCCGACCAAAACCCUCUUCCAGGUAGGGUUCCGAGAAAGCUAUGCCGUCGCUAAUCUCCGCGGGGAAGAUCCACCGCCUCGAGCUCGAGAACUUCAAGUCCUACAAGGGGUUUCAAACCAUCGGCCCCUUCUACGACUUCACCGCCGUCAUCGGCCCCAAUGGCGCCGGGAAGUCCAACCUCAUGGACGCCAUCAGCUUCGUCCUCGGCGUCCGCUCCGGACACCUCCGCGGCGCGCAGCUGAAGGAUUUGAUCUACGCCUUCGACGACCGGGAGAAGGAGCAGAAGGGGAGGAGGGCCUUCGUGAGGCUCGUUUAUUUGAUGGGAAAUGGGACCGAGCUCCAGUUCACGCGGACCAUCACCGGUGCGGGCGGGAGCGAGUACCGCAUCGACGGCAGGGUUGUGACGUGGGAUGAGUACAAUUCUAAGCUCAAGUCUCUAGGAAUCCUUGUAAAGGCUCGUAAUUUCCUCGUUUUCCAGGGUGAUGUGGAAUCAAUAGCCUCAAAGAAUCCCAAGGAGCUUACUGCUCUUCUUGAACAAAUUUCUGGAUCUGAUGAGCUUAAAAGAGAGUAUGAGGAGCUUGAGGAACAGAAAGCAAGAGCAGAAGAAAAAUCUGCACUUGUUUAUCAGGAAAAAAGAACCAUUGUUAUGGAGAGGAAGCAAAAGAAGGCACAAAAGGAAGAGGCAGAGAAGCAUCUCCGGCUGCAAGAUCAGCUGAAAUCUUUGAAGAGAGAACACUUUCUGUGGCAACUUUUUAAUAUUGAAAAGGAUAUGGAAACGAUAGAUGCUGAACUUGAAGAUGAUAGGAAAGGUUUGGAGGAAGUCUCUAAAGCGAAUGAAGAAUGUGACCUUGAAGUAACUACAAAAACAAAAGAACAGAGUGGAUAUUUAAAAAAGAUGACGCUAUGUGAAAAGAGUAUUGCGAAGAAAAAGCUUGAACUUGAUAAAAAGCAACCUGAGCUUCUUAAAUUAAGGGAACAGAUAUCACGUAUCAAAUCGAAAAUUAAAAGUAGUAAUAAAGAGCUUGAGAAAAAGAAAGAAGAUCAGAGGAAGCAUGCAGAAGAAAUAAAGAAGUUACAGAAGGACUUGCAUGAUGUCACAGAUGCUAUACACCGGCUGAAUGAGGAGGGACAGGAUAAUAUUGGAAAACUCCAGUUAGCAGAUGAUCAGCAGAUGGAAUAUCAUCGGAUUAAGGAGGAUGCUGGAAUGAAAACUGCAAAAUUGAGAGAUGAGAAAGAGGUAUAUGAUAGGCAACUCCAUGCUGAUAUAGAAGCUCAAAAGAAUUUGGAGGAGAACCUCCAGCAGUUGCUUAGCCGUGAGGAAGAGAUAUCAUCACAAGAGGAUGAAAUCAAAACAAGAUUGAAGAAAAUUCUUGAUUCAAUUCCUAAGCACAAAGAUGAGCUUGUACGUCUUAAAGAGGAACAGAGUAAAAUUGCAAAAGAACGUCAAUCUUCAGGCGCAAAGUACCAGAAAUUAAAACAGAGGGUUGAUGAAAUAGAUGCACAAUUACGUGAACUGAAAGCUGACAAACAUGAAAGUGAGCGUGAUGCCCGGCUUACUGAAACAGUUCAGAGCCUAAAGCGGCUUUUUCCUGGAGUCCAUGGUCGUAUGACUGAACUUUGUAGGCCGUCACAGAAGAAAUACAACCUUGCUGUCACAGUUGCUAUGGGUAAAUUUAUGGAUGCUGUAGUUGUGGAAGACGAAAAUACAGGAAAAGAAUGUAUCAAGUAUUUGAAGGAACAGCGCCUUCCUCCUCAGACAUUUAUACCUCUACAGUCAGUUCGUGUGAAGCCAAUAAUUGAGAAGUUGCGUACUCUCGGCGGUACUGCACAGUUGGUGUUCGAUGUUAUUCAAUUCGAUCGAUCCUUGGAGAAGGCUGUCUUAUAUGCUGUUGGAAAUACGCUUGUCUGUGAUAGCCUUGAUGAAGCUAAGAUUCUAAGCUGGAGUGGUGAGAGGAACAAGGUUGUCACUGUCGAUGGGAUUCUUCUAACGAAGUCUGGUACUAUGACGGGUGGUUUAAGUGGUGGAAUGGAAGCUAGAUCAAACAAGUGGGAUGACAGCAGAAUUGAGACUCUUAAGAAGAAGAAAGCUCAAUUGGAAUCAGAAAUGUCCGAGCUUGGAUCGCCCAGAGAGUUACAGAAGAAGGAGCUUGCUGUAUCAGAAAAAAUCACCGGUCUUGAAAGGAAAAUCCACUAUUUAAACCUUGAGGAGAAAAAUUUUCAUGAAAAGCUUUCGAAAUUGACAGUAGAGAAGGAUAACAUUAGAGGAGAGAUUGGCCGUCUGAAGCCUGAAUUACAGAAGAUACAAAGUCUCAUUUCAAAGAAAACCGAGGAUGUUCAAAAGCUGCAGAGGAGGAUUAAUGAGAUUGUAGACCGGAUUUACAAGGGUUUUAGUGUGUCUGUAGGAGUGAAAAACAUUCGCGAGUAUGAAGAAAACCAACUCAAGGCUGCCCAAGAGAUGAACGAGAGAAAGCUGGCCCUGAGCAACCAAAUGUCAAAAUUGAAAUAUCAGCUGGAAUAUGAACAAAAGAGAGACAUGAAGUCCCCUAUCAUGAAGCUGGUUUCUUCUCGUGAAUCUUUGGACAAAGAUUUAAAAGAUACCCUGGAGAAGGAGUCUGAAGCCAAGGCAGAGGCAGAGCAAAUUGCAAACCAGAUGGAAGUAUCAAAAGCUGAGGCUGAUGAGUGGAAAUCAAAGUCGGAUGAGUGUGAAAAGGUUAUUGAUGAACUGAAGAAGCAGAAUUCCAGUGUUACAGCAACAGUAGCGAAAUUGGAGCGCCAGAUAAAAUCAAAGGAGUCACAACUCGCACAUCUUAAAUUCCGGAAGCAGGAGAUUCAUGAAAAAUGUGAACUGGAGCAACUGAAACUUCCAGUUGUUGAUGAUCCAAUGGAAACUGGAUCGUCCACACAGGAACCAGUCCCUGACUAUAGUGAAUUAAGCAAAACCUAUCUUCAAGAUAUGAGGCCUUCUGAUCGGGAGAAGCUUGAGGCUGAUUUUAAACAAAAGAUGGAUACUUUAAUAGCCGAUAUCGAACGUACUGCUCCCAACUUGAAGGCACUGGACCAAUAUGAAGCACUGCAAGAGAAGGAAAAGGAAGUUGUUGAGAAAUUUGAAGCCACAAGGAAAGAGGAGAAGGAGAUAUCUGACAAGUAUAAUGCGGUCAAGCAAAGAAGGUAUGAGCUCUUCAUGGAGGCCUUUGACCAUAUAUCUAGAAGCAUUGACAAAAUCUACAAGCAAUUAACGAAGAGUCAUACACAUCCACUUGGGGGAACGGCAUAUUUAAAUCUAGAAAAUGAGGAUGAACCAUUCCUUCAUGGAAUCAAAUACACAGCCAUGCCUCCUACAAAGCGUUUCAGAGAUAUGGAGCAGUUAUCUGGCGGAGAGAAGACUGUUGCAGCACUUGCAUUGCUCUUCUCUAUCCACAGUUACAAGCCGUCGCCAUUUUUCAUACUGGAUGAAGUAGAUGCAGCUUUGGAUAAUCUAAAUGUCGCCAAGGUUGCUGGGUUUAUAAGGUCAAAAUCAUGUGAUCGUUCCAGGAGUGAUCAAGAUGCCGAAGGUGGAUGUGGGUUCCAAAGUAUUGUUAUAUCAUUAAAAGACAGCUUCUAUGACAAAGCUGAGGCAUUGGUUGGAGUGUACAGAGAUUCUGAAAGAAGCUGCUCAAGAACUUUAACAUUCGACCUGACCAAAUAUAGGGAGUCAUGAAGCUUCUUAACUUAGAGUUAAUCUAAUGAAGACUUUCUAUUUGUAACAGUGUAACCACAUAUUGGGCUAGUUUUGUAGAUAUUUCUGUAAAUAACAUGAACGAUGUAAUUUUCCUCUUUUGUCUGAAAUUGUUGUUGGAAAGACAUGUAAAAGUUGAACAGUUUGUAGGAGAUGAAGUAGAAAUCAUUGUAUUGCCAUUUUAUCUUA